CCCCUUCUCCUCCUCCAUACCCCUCCCACACCCCUCAGCACCCCCUGUGAACUCCAAAGAGGCGCUGCACGCUUAGUUAGGGGUCAGUUGUUGCACAGGACUCGGAGGAAGCAAGUAGUUUAGGACUCUCCCUCUCUCUCUUUCUCUAAGAUCUCUUUCCAACCUCUCAUUUCUCUGCCCGUCGCCAUUUCUGGAGCAGGUUUUUUUUAUUAUUAUUUGGCAGGAUUGUCCUUUGAGGGCUUGGCGCCUCCUGGAUUGUUUCUUCCCUUCUUUAGUUUUUAUUUUUGGAGGGUCUCUUUUUUUUCUUUUCUUUUUUUGUUUGCAGGAGGGGUGGUUGGGUGUAUUUAUUUUUGCUCUAAGGUGGGGAGCAGGGGCUGAGCUUGGAGGAGAUGAGAGCCCAGGCACGGGAUGCCUCCAGCAAUCAGAGAGGAGGCUCAGAGGAUCUCCUGCUGACUUGAGAGAGAGGCGCACAUACACACACACAUAGAGGUAGAUUACUGAGGAAUUUAAGGGGGGGCGGAAAAACCCUACCAGAAGAACUCGUGGAGCCAUGAGUAGUGCUGUGUUGCUGACUCACCUUCCAGACCCCAGCAGCAACUUCAGGGAAGACGCCCCCCGCCCCCCUGUGCCAGGCGAGGAAGGAGAGACACCAUGCCAACAGCCUGUAAGCUCGUUUGUCAUGAAAAGCCAAAGCUUCAAGGCCAUGUCAAUUUCUUCCAACCCAAGGAGGAAUGAGGAUGGUCUUGGCGAGCCGGAAGGCAGUGCAUCUCCAGACUCCCCUCUGGCAAGAUGGACCAAAUCUCUGCAUUCCUUGUUGGGGGAUCAAGAUGGUGCCUAUCUUUUUCGGACCUUCCUGGAAAGAGAGAAAUGUGUGGAUACCUUAGACUUCUGGUUUGCCUGCAAUGGCUUCAGGCAGAUGGACCUUAAGGAUACCAAAACUUUAAGAGUAGCCAAAGCUAUAUACAAAAGGUACAUUGAGAACAACAGCAUUGUCUCCAAGCAGCUCAAGCCUGCCACUAAGACCUAUAUAAGAGAUAGUAUCAAGAAGCAGCAGAUAGAUUCUAUAAUGUUUGAUCAGGCACAGACUGAAAUUCAGACUGUGAUGGAGGAAAAUGCUUACCAGAUGUUUUUAACUUCUGAUAUAUACCUCGAAUAUGUAAGGAGUGGGGGAGAGAAUCCUGCUUAUAUUAACAGCAAUGGACUGGGGAGCUUAAAAGUUGUCUGUGGCUAUCUCCCAACCUUGAAUGAAGAAGAAGAAUGGAGCUGUGUGGACUUUAAAAACAAAAUCUUGCCUUCUGUAGUUGGGCUAUCCAGCAAGACUUUGAGGGUUACAGCAAAUGUCAGAGCUACAGAAACGGCUGAGAAUGGAUACAGGUCAUUCAAGAGGAACGAUCCUAUUAACCCAUACCAUGUGAAUUCUGGCUAUGUUUUUGCCCCAGCAACUAGCGCAAAUGAUAGCGAAAUAUCUAGUGAUGCCCUGACUGAUGAUUCCAUGUCAAUGACGGACAGUAGCGUAGAUGGAAUCCCUCCUUAUAGACUUGGGAGCAAGAAGCAGCUCCAGAGGGAAAUGCAUCGUAGCGUUAAGGCCAAUGGUCAAGUUUCUCUACCUCAUUUUCCGAGAACCCACCGUCUUCCUAAGGAAAUGACCCCUGUGGAACCAGCUACCUUCGCGGCUGAACUGAUCUCCCGGUUGGAAAAGCUGAAGCAAGAGCAAGAAACGAUGGAUAGUCUGGAGGAGAGGCUACAGCAAAUCAAAGAGGAAGAAGAGAAGGAGGGAUCAGAGCUACCUGCCAACACGCAGGCCAAUCGGGAGGCAACAACCACUCAGCAUCAGCAGCACUCGCUCACUCUCCUGCCAUCCGGCAGCUACGAGGAGGACCCGCAGGCGAUCCUGGAUGACCAUCUAUCGCGAGUGCUGAAGACUCCCGGCUGCCAGUCACCUGGCAUGGGGCGGCACAGCCCCCGCUCCCACUCCCCGGACCGCCUCCCGGGAGGCAAGCCACAGCCAAGCCCGGCGUUGCCCGCUGCCUGCACCCUCAUCAGUAAAGGAUUUAUCACCAAGCAGACCACCAAGCACGUCCACCACCACUACAUCCACCACCACACCAUUCCCAAGACUAAAGAGCAGAUAGAAGUCGAGGCAGCACAGCGGGUCCAGUGCUUCUGUCCUGGGGGCAGCGACUCCAACUGCUAUUCGAAAUGCAAGAGCCACUCGAAAGGGACGGAGCUUCCGCUGGAGCAGUUUGGCAAACCCGGCACGCUGACGAAGAGGAACGGCAAAGUAACAGAUGGCGUCGCCCUGCCGGCCGGGGAAGCAGGGCUAUCCGCAGUGCCCGGGCUCCAGCUACCUGGGGGCGAAGCAGAUCGGUCACAGAACGUCUGGCAGUGGAUGCUGGAGAGUGAGAGACAAAAUAAGCACAAGCCUCAUAGCACACAAAGCACAAAGAAGGCCUACAAUUUGGAGUCCACCAAAGGGAUCCCCAGUGAGCGCCCGGCCCGCCAUCACCUGUGGGGGAACAGCAAUCACUCACGUGGGGCACAGCCUGCCCAUCCGUUCGUCCAGGAUCCCACCAUGCCCCCGCUGACCCCGCCCAACACCCUCGCCCAACUGGAGGAAGCCUGCCGCAGGCUAGCGGAAGUGUCCAAGCCUCAGAAACAAAGAUGUUCAACCUCAAAUCAGCAGAGGGAUCGAAACCACUCAUCUUCUGUUCAGGGGGGAAAUGCCCCUUUUUGCAAUGCAAGUCUAACUACAGAAGAUCACAAAGAGCCAAAGAAACUCCCAGUGGUUCAUGCCUCCCAGUCCAGCGACUUGGUCGUCACUUAUUUUUUCUGUGGAGAAGAAAUACCCUACAGGAGGAUGUUAAAGGCCCAGAGCCUGACACUUGGGCACUUUAAAGAGCAGCUGAGCAAAAAGGGAAAUUAUAGGUAUUAUUUCAAAAAAGCAAGCGACGAAUUUGACUGUGGUGCAGUUUUUGAAGAAAUUUGGGAAGACGACACAAUUCUGCCCAUGUAUGAAGGAAGGAUUCUUGGGAAAGUAGAGAGGAUUGAUUGAUGGCAUCUGUGUUUCUUGAACGCAACCUAAGCUAAAGAUGUCUUUGGACACGCAACAACAACAAAAACUUUGAAGGAAAGUUUUGAACCAA